CCCUUGGCUGCUGAUCUGUUUAACCACAAACACGCGCGCACGGCAAAACGUCUUCACGGGAAGUUCAUUACGUGCUUUACGUGACAGUCCAUUAAGAUGUCGUCUUUACUUUCUGGCGACAGUAAACGAUCUUCUGAUCUUGCGAUAGAUGAUUUAGAAAUAAAAUGGCUCUUGACUUGAAAGUCACUUACUUUCAUUCUGGCCAAAGCAUCUUUCAUCUCUGAUUUUUAUUUUUGGCUCACUUCGAAAUCUACAGACAUUUUUAAAACUUAUUUCUCUGGUCCUUACUUCUUGGCGAGCGUCUUUCUUGCUUUCGCUGCUUGACCUAAUUCCACCUUCCUGAUUUCUCCUUCUAUGCUCCACUGGGGGUGAUUAGGAACAAGAAGAUUUCUUCCUUUCAGUUUUUUUUUUUUUUUUUUUUUUUUGUUUGUUUGGUUUUUUGUUUUUUUUUUUGGUUGUUUUUUCCUCUCACCAUAUUUGUCUCUUUUUUAUUUUUCUUCGUUCAUUCUUUCUUUGCUUAUCCAUUUCACCAAUCCUUAUUCUCAGUUUUUCUACUUGCUGUCUGCAGUGUCCUUCCUCUUGAAAGAGUCAAAAGAACAAUCGAUAGUUGGAUUCACUCAUUAGUUUAUGUUACUCUUACUUCACCACACCUCAUUUUGUUCUCGUUACUCCUUGUUCGUCAUUGUCAUUGUCAUUGUCAUUAUCUGGAGACCACCCAUCAUAUUUGAAGAUCCGGGAUACUUGCUCAUUAGCAUGUGGCUAACGGUACAAGCUGGGGUUAUUAUCCUUUUAUACAAGCUGGAGUAAUUUAGCCUUUACAGCCUAAAGAGUCAUUUGUCUGGACCCUUACCAAAUUAUUGUAAGAAGUGCAGGCUAGUUGAACCAACAGCAAGGAUUGUGUUCGCCGUCGUUUCCAGUGCCAUACCCUAGUGGGUAGUCUUCCUGGACCCCUAUAGUAAGCUAACUCUGUUUCUAUGGAUCCCCGCCUUCACUUCUCUCAAAGCUCAAUAAUGAUCUCAUAUGGGUCAUCUAAUGCCCUCUCUACAUGUCUGUCUAGUGCUCGUGUCCUCUCUAAAUGUCUCUUCAGUGUCCUAGCAGUGAUCCCUCCACGUCAUACAGCUACAAGGACCCUGUGUACAAGUCUCACCAAAGCCCGAUGGUGAUCUCAUUGUGUCUCUCAAGUCACGUGUAGUAGUCGUCUACUGCACAGAACAGCAUGGCGCAAGAAACUGCCAGCCUGAUGGCCAUCAACUCCACCCACUCACCCCAACAAAUGCGUCUGCUUUCUCCAAAAUAGAGGUCGAGAUGGCGAAUGGCUGCACCAGACGGUGUGUCGCACCUUCCCACUUUGCCGCCUGGUGACAGCUGCUCACCGCCGCCCAAUUCUGUGAGGCGCGCGAGGCUGUUGGACAUGUCUGGCGGCCAGACCAGACCUGCCGGUCCUCCACUUCUCACCACCGACGGGCAGAGAGCAGCAGGCCUGACCACAGACUCGUCCCUCUCACCAGGGCAGGUGUGCUCGGCGCCUCGCAUGCGCGAGACGAGUGUGUCUUGGAUGCUACCUGUGGCCAAGACAGACACGUUGAGCCACACGACGAGGGCGACGCCGGCCAGCCAGCAUGUACGGACAGAUUCACGUGGUCUUCAAGGAGAUGAUGCUGGCGAAGUAUGGACAGGACAUCUGGCACAAAGUGCUCAAAGAGGCCAAAAUGGACGGAGAGGAGGACUUCUUGCAGUUCAGGAACUACGCUGACGAGCGGUUCGUUGGACUCAUUGUCGCCAUUUCCGACUGUGUCAAGGAAAGUACGGAGAACAUUCUGGAGGAGUUUGGCUAUUUCUUCAUCAAAUACUGUCUUCGUUUCGGUUACGACAACAUGCUGCGAACUCUCGGCAAUAACAUCGUCAACUUCGUCCAGAACUUGGACUCCCUUCAUUCGCUUCUCUCCCUUACCUACAAGGGCAUCAACCCACCGUCUUUCAGAUGUGAGCACAACUCCAAGGGGGAGCUCAUCCUUCACUACUACAGCUGCCGCACCGGGCUCUUUCCUCUGGUUGUUGGUCUGAUACGGGCGGCGGGCACGGAGAUAUUUGGCCACACGGUGGAGCUGACCAAACUGACCAGCAUCAGGGAGGAUCUGGGAGAAGGAAGACUACAGGAGCACUGUACCUUCAGUGUCCACUUUCCUGACCUGGACGACACGGACCUUCCGACUCCACUGCAGCGACACCUGCUCACUCGUCACCUGGCCAUGCGCACCACCCUGAGGGUGCCACAGGGGGUGAACAUCUACCUCCUAACUCGCUAUAGGAUGGAGGUGUCAAAAGAGGCGUCCAUCACGCUCACGGGGCGCCAGUUCUGCCGAACGUUUCCCUAUCACGUCUUCUUCGACGACAGUUUGACGAUACUGCAGUGUGGGGAAGCGCUCAGACGCCUGCUGCCCGCGGGCAUCGGCCCAGGCACCAAGAUGGGCGACGUCUUCACGGUCCAGUACCCUCGCAUGGGCUGGUCCGUGGACAACGUCAAGCGCUUCACCAACACCAUCUUCAUGCUCUCCAUCAAACCCAGGAACGGCUCCACGCGCAAGACUCUCAAUAUUAAAGGUCAGAUGAUCUGGCUGGAGGACGAGCAGCGUGUCAUGUUCAUCGGGUCGCCCCGCCUCAAGUCUCUGGAUGAAAUGAAGAGGAUGAACAUCUACAUGGCUGACAUCCCUUUGUUUGACGUCACACGUGAAAUAGUUCUGCUGUAUGAACAGCGUAACGCGGAAAUAGGUAUCACACAAAAGCUAGACCUGACUAUGGCUGAGCUCACCCGCACCUCCCUAGCGCUGGAGGUAGAAAAAAGAAAGACUGAACAACUUCUUCAUCAGAUGCUGCCACCAAAGGUUGCCAUGCAGCUCAAGAACGGUGACAUCGUAGAGGCGGAAACAUUCCAGCAAGCUACCAUCAUGUUUAGCGACAUCGUCGGCUUCACCAACAUCGCCGCCACUUGUCCGCCAGAGACCAUCGUCAAUAUGCUUAACGACAUGUACGAGCGCUUUGACCGCGCCACCAACAGCUGGGACGUCUACAAGGUUGAGACGAUUGGUGACGCCUACAUGGUUGUAGGCGGGGUUCCAGAGUUGAGGGAAGACCACUCGGAGCGUGUAGCCAGGUUUGCCAUGACCAUUGUACAAGAGGCUGUGCAGGUGCCUUCCCCUGCUACCGGAUCACCUCUACAGAUCCGGGUGGGUAUCCACACAGGGCCAGUGAUGGCGGGUGUGGUGGGCAUCAAGAUGCCACGCUACUGUCUGUUCGGUGACACUGUCAACACAGCCUCCCGCAUGGAGAGCCACUCCGUCCCCGGCAGGAUCCACCUCAGUCGCGAGGUCUUCUCCCAGCUCGUGAACAAGGGAUUCCGGAUGAAGAAAAGGGGACUCAUUGAGGUCAAGGGCAAAGGUCUACUAACGACAUACUUCCUAGUUGGCGAUGGGCACAUCAACGUUACUGAACCGGAAGACAAAUUUAUGUCAUUUCCUGUCCUCACAAACGAUGAACAAGAAACGACAGAGCCCGUUGCGUCUUACGUAACCAAACUUUCAGAAGAAGGGAGCACAGACAGUGGACAUUGUCUUGACAGCCAGGAGAAGCGCAAGCACGUGAGGAGCCAGCACGAAGCACCCGACCGUCGGGCCAUGCCCAUCUCUCCACGAGUUGUUAAACCCAACUACACCUUCCUGUCGUCUGCUUCCAAUCAGCUGCAGCCGACAUCCACGGAAAAAGUUCGCAGUUCUUAUUGUUCUGUGUUAUGACCUGUUGCAUUCGACGUUUGUUCUUUGUGCUCUGUGUCGUGGGCUGGUGCAUUCCAUCGACUCCCCGCUGAUUGCUUCAGGGAUUGCCGAGAAGAUGAAGGAAAGACGGCUUCCACACUGUUGUCAGACAAACCGAGGAAGAUCACCAUUGCUCACGUGACACUCAAGACUUGUUACCCAUCAUGUACUAUUUGUUAUUGUUGUCGUGACAUGAUACAUGCCGUGGUGUUCGCGAUGUCGUGCUGAUGACAGGAUACUUGCUAUCGAUGGCGAUGGCGAUGGCGAUGGCGAAAGCUUACGUCGCGGUUGCGAAGUAAACGUAGAGCUACUCAUUACUUGUACAUAUUUGAUAAUAUAGCUAUUUGAUAAUGUACAUAUUUGAUAGCACAACUAUUUUCACUUAAAAGUUUAUAUUUAGCAUCAGAUUUACAUUUUCACUUCACGGCUGUAAUGUUAUUGUCACUGAGUCUUUAGAUCAUAUCACGAAGUAUGUAAUAAAUAUCACUUUGGUUACAAAUGUAUACUAUCUCAUUCGACCCAGUCAACAUAGCUUGAUCAUGGAUGUGUAGAGGUGGAUUGCUGUCUGUCUGCCAAGACCAACGCUUAGCCUCUUGCGAAGUUCUCCGCUGGUAGUCUUGGCAAGCCUAAACAAUGAAUGUGACUAAACUGGAAGCUUUGUAGUCGCAUGCCUCGUUUUAGCAAUUAACUAGAAAAAAUCGUCUACCAGCAGUCCAGUGAUAUAAGUUUGUGGCUUGAUCGUAAUGAUCGCCAAGGAUGCUACCAGCUCCAGGAAGAAUAACCUCAAGAGGCACCCUUGGUCUGCCGGUCACCUGACGUUUGAGUUACCUCCCUUCCGCUGUGCUGUAAUCAUCAGUCAAAAUCUUUGUUCUACACGUCAAGACACUUUCAGCAAUGUCUGAGACCUGGAGAAAGACGGUCUCGCUCACUCAGUCUACAUGUAAAACCUCCAUCCGCGCUAUAUGGACUUAGCAUCGGCAUCCAUGGACCAACAACGCUCUCCUAGCGUACAGGUGUACGUGAGGCCUCCGUGUUUGUCACCGCAACAGUCAGCCGCUCACUGUUGCCAUCUGAGCGCUUUCAUAGUCAGAAGAAUCCUCUUUCUUUUCAUUGUCACGUUCUCCCGGGCCUCCAACUCCACGGAUUUAGCUCGCCAUAAUUUUUUUCUUUCUUUUUUCGGAAAGCGAGCUCUGAGGUCUCGUCUAUCAUUCGUCACCGCGACAGCGUCCGACUCAGAUGACAAUGGAGCCUUCUCGGGUGCCAGACAGGAAGCUACGGCGCCGGUGUCACGAUCUGAACCUUCACCCGAAACAGCCAUUCGACCCACGCAGUGCGCAUGCGCCGGAUGACAAGCGAUACGCAUGCGCGCAGAGAAGGUCGAAUCGCUGUCGAUAUCCGGCGAGAUCUGUCUAGAGUCCAGGGGUGGGCAAUUAAUUUUCCCAAGGGGCCGCAUGAGAAAUUGGGAUGGUUUUAGAGGACUGGACUAAUAUAGUUAACUAAGUUUUACCCAAUACUGUAUAUAUAGUAUGCAUACUGGCGGGCGGGCCGGUCAGAGACAGGAGGCUGGCCGGAUCCGGCCCGCGGGCCGGCCUUUGCCCAGGUCUGGUCUAGACUGUAAUGAUAUAAUCCGUUGUAAGAUGAGAAUUCGCUGACAUGCUAGGACAAUAUUUGUAUUGAAAACAACGACGUAAUGUGCUGAGACAAACAUUCAGAUAAUUUCACGUGGCUUUGUUCUUUUGGCUGAAGCAACAUUUAUGUUUUCAAGCUGGGAUUAUCCCUUCUUUUAGAGCUCCAAGACCUCCGAGUUGCGGCGUUAGUGGUGCCUCGUGCUAACAUUCCAAAUUUUGUCCUUUCACUACAAAACUUUCUUCACGAAACUGUUUUCAGAAAAACCAGACACUCCCCCCUAACAGCGGUUCGGUUCUGAUGCUCCAGAAGUGCCGGACGAGCGCCAGUUGCCCCAAGCUCAGGCUAUAUGAAGCCUUCCACAAGCUUUUCCGUCGCUACAGCAAUAUAAAGCGUUGCCGACUACCUAACACCAGCUCGGAGAAAACAAACCAAGCCACGUUUCGUUGUCUGGCUGUGACCCCGCCCCACAGGUCGUUUUAAGCCCUCCUUUAUUACCUCGGCCACGAUCACUUCAACUCCUUCUCCUCUAAGAAGCCCCUUUCUACCCGAUGCUAGGGACUCGGUCAGACAUCUCCUCCCCAAGCUGUUACAGAAGAGCGUGCAGGAGGUCAGAUGUCUUCUGCAGAAAGCUGCCACGGAAAGUAACCCGUGCGAAAUCCGUCCCCACCAGGGAUUACCUCUCACCUCGGUGUAGUGCCUAAAUGCCUUCCUUUCGCGUGGCCGGAGGGGUGUAUACGGUGUCCCUCGACCUCAUGGCUGUUUAUCUUCAGUUAUUCUUCCUGGGCCUGGUAGCAUCCUUGGCUACCUUAAUGAUCAAGCUGUGUGGCCGGGUAGAAUAGGAUAAAGGCAUUUAGUGCGCAUUUACAGAAAAUAGUUUUACUUUAGGAAAAAAUUUCUUUUUAUUUUUAUUGCAAAAAAUAAAGUGUAGUGUUUUAUUUACUGUUUUAUUUAAUGUUUGAAUGGGCUAAGAUAAGCUAAUAUACUUUGAAAAGCGUUCUUGAUGUGUUUCUAGUUUUCAAAUGUUGAUUCUCAUUCAAACAUACCAUUUUUGCGCGCACACACACACACACGUACGUGUCAUACAAACAGACAAGGACAAACAGAAAUUAAGAGACUACGCAAAAAUAACUUUUGCAAUUGUAUUACAUCAGGUUACCAAGCAUGCCUAUUUAUCUGUCACUGGAAUAUUGCUUUAUAACGCACCCUUGAAAGAAGUAUUUGUAAAGAUCGACGUCAGUAUAUUAAGCUGCAGUCGGUUUUGAGGAAUCAGGUAAACAAUUUUCAUACAGUAUUCUGCAAACCCAGCUACUGACAGUCACGUGUCUGUUCCGAACUCUCUCUCUCUCUCUGGUGUCCCUCAUCCUUUUUCCCAUUUCCCGAUUAAUUAGUUAAUGUUAUUUAUAGAUUUACGGCUCUAUUGGUAUGAGCAUGAACGUAGAUGGUAUGAGUUUCUGAAUAGUUCCAUAUAGCAGUCAGAAUCAAACGAAGUCUACUUGGUUAUUAUCUCUCACAGACACACGCGUGUACGUCUGUGGUACGUGUUUAUAAUCGAUUUUGCUACUUUUAGUAAACUGUCUUCACAGUA